AUGUCCUCCGAUUCCAUCCAACCUCGCCGCCAGCCCCCCAGCCCCCUCGUCUUUUCCCCGGAGACAGUACUCCCUCCCAUCCUCUCGCAGUCCCACUCAAGUGGCAGCAACCAUGUUUCCGCUAGCGUCCACAGCUCGGGUUCGAAUACCGUCUCCAUGCCUUUCGUAAGACGCCAUGUCACCCGUCGUCUCAAAGCUGCAAAGGCCGAAUGCGACAAGGAGCUCCAGCGUGUCACCAACUCUGUCACCGCCUUCUUCGAAGAGCGUCUCCGUGAGGGCGACCACGAAGCAGAAUUAGAGCGCGAACUGCGCGAGCAAGGUCGGGACCGCGAGCGUGGGCGAGAUCGUGAUGCUCGACCUGAGCCCCUCCGUGAACCUUUUGUAUUCCAACCUGCUGAGCUGAGAUCGGCCCUCCAGUUCGACGAGGUUAGCUCAGAUGGUGGCUACGAGGCGGAGCCAGAGGGCAACUUCCACAGUCGACAACGUGCGUCUCUCGAUGAGGAUACUUGGAUUCAACAUCCGCUGACGGCUGGGCCUCCGUCGCCCGGAUUUCUAACAGCAUCUGUAUCUUCAACUAGCCCCGCUUCUCUACGGAGGCAUUCUACUCUACCGAGGGAGAGGGCGUUUAAUCCCAUCCCUUCCUCGAGUACCGGUGCCUCCAGUCCCGCCCUGAGCGCCGCCACUUCUCCCACCCCGCCCCCAGAGGUCAUCAGUCCGCGUAAGCAGAGCGCUGCAAACCAGUCAAGAGAGUGGAGUGGACAGACCCUUGCCAACCGUCGACUGUCACGCACCAUACACAUUCCGGCCCGUCCAACACGUUCGAGCGCAAGUUCCCGGUCUACCUCCCGUUCACGGUCUCCCCUCCCACGUUCAAGCCAUCCAGAUCAGUCUGGCUCGAAUAAUCGUCGUUCUUCCCGCAUUCUAGUGGACGACCCCGUCGAUCCCAUCAUGACUACGCUAUACGAGAUCAUUGGCGUUGCCACUGAUGUACAGGAGAUGUCUCUGAACCAACUCACCGCACAACCAAAGGUGUGUGAGCAGCUGGUGCAACGGGUACAGAACAUUGGCAAGGCGUGGGACGAGCACCCAGAUUGGCACGGCCGCAAUUGGUAUGUGCAGGUAUUGCUUGCCAUUGCCAGUCUCAGCCGUGUCGUCGAGUGGUGGGAGGCAGAGAAACAGUUUUGGAACUUUGACGACAACGAUGAGCAAGAAGACCCGCUUACAUUUGUCCUGAAACCAGCAGAUGAAGAUCCCGCUGCGCCUACACCAUCAGUUCGACCGGAACAAGAGGGUGGGGGGUCGUUGAGGUUGGCGCAAGAGGAGGAGAGUAGAUUGCGAAUGUCACGUACAUCAAGUCAUGGUCGUCGGACAAGGGACGAAAUUCCUCGCGAGUUAUCUAUGACAACAGCACCGAAGGAUCAAGAUCAUCUAAAGUUGCAGUCCAAGUUUUCUGAUAACGCAGAGUCUGCGCGGGUUCUGGCUACUGAGCGGUUGCGACUGCAAGCGGAAACUGCGCAGAAUCGAAAUAUCGUCAUGGAGCUCAGCAUGGAUGGUGACCAUUUCAUUUGGAUUAACUACGCUUGGCGCAAUGUCAUAGGGACUGACCCAGAAGAGUUGAUUGCAACUCGAGUAUCGAGACUGCUUGCCCCUUCGGACUGGCACGUCUUCCGCGACGCGACGCGACGUCUGCAGGAAAAUGUGUCUCGUAUGGUGGAAGUCAGAUUCAAGCUCAAGGUUCCCGACUCUGAGGCAGAUUCGUCGUCUUUCAGAAACUUAUACCAGCAGAUGGAGGGUAGCGGGAUGCUUAUGGUUGACAGAGAAGAUGGGAUACCCACUCACACGAUGUGGGUCGUUAAACCCUCCGGGACGCCGGAAUAUCUACAAGCUCCUCCCUCGAUCUUGCUGGAAGCUGGCGAUGUCGGCGACGAACCCGCAACCGCGGAGGCGACGCAAGUUGGCUUCGGCGAUAGAGGAGCGAUGGAGCCGGUGACCCCGUUCCCAUUCGCAAGACCGAUCAGUACUUCGCCGAUUCUCUGCAGGAUUUGCGAGUGCACGGUUCCUCAGUGGUAUUUCGAGAAGCACAAUGAGACUUGCGCAGAGACUCAUCGACUGGAGGCGGAGGUCGGCGAGUGCAAUGAGUCGAUCGCAGAGCUGCGCACCACCAUCCGCGACUUGCGAGCUGCCAUGGAUCGUUCAUCACCCAUGACCAUUCCGGAGUACCGCGGAAUGCCUAUUUUCUCACCCUCGUCGUCACCCGGCACAUCGUCGCCUCUUCAACUUCUUCGCGCACCUAUCAAGAAGAUGAACGUAAAGAACAGACAGCGGGAGGUCCUGGCGCAGUUAGACAACAUCCUGCUGCGCGCUGGCGAAGUCGCCAUCCCAUCUUUGAAAGAAGAAGAGUCUGAGGUGCCCAUUGAACGUCAGCGCCUGCUGCCGCCUGAGUCUGAGGCUUGCAUGUCUGAGGUACGACGGUGGUUCAAGCCGGCGAUCGAAGACGCAGCGCUUACCCAGCUGCUCGAGGACGCAGAGCGUGUAAUGCGCCAGAAGAUUGACAACGUGGUGCGCAUGCAAAAUACCAUUCGGUAUUCGGAGAAGAUCAGGCAGGAGUGGGAGGAGAAGGUCGCGCAGACGCUCGCGCAUAUGGAAGAUGUAGACGAGGACGAUGAGGAGGAUGGAGGCGAGGACGACGAUCAGGAUGGCCAGUCGAGCAAUACCUCAGAGUAUGCUUUCAAUGGCCAAACUUCCUCGCCCGACCCCACACCCGUGGCCUCUUCCUCUCCAAUACCCUUCACUGGCCGGCGAGAUAGAAGUAUGAGUGGUCCUCAUUCGUCUACUUCCAGCUUGCCCCUCGUAGUCCCGGCUGCCCCCGUUCCUGCUUACCCCCCUACUUUCCAGACAAGAUCUUCAACCCCGUCUUCAAUAUCUUCGCCUCUUGCAUUAGCCGUCCCUAUCGUGGCUUCCAAUGCCGCAAUGGGCUUCCCUCCCCCGAUGGACCUGAACGAAGGUAUUAGUCAUAACACGAUCAGACCACGUCCUUCAUUGGGUACCCUCGAACCUAGGUUGCUCAUUACUCCCCCGCUUUCCCCGUUGGUAUCGCCUGAGGAUGCGUCUACUCAGCGUCGGGCUGGCAGACGGCGGCAUUCUACCGCCCAGCCUAUACUCAGUCCGACGAACUCUGUGUCUGGUAUACCCCUUUCUCCGCGCCUCCCUUCUGUUGCGCCAUUGUCCAGAACGACACCUACGUCGAUCAAGGACUUCGAGAUCAUUAAGCCGAUCUCGAAAGGUGCUUUCGGUUCAGUCUUUCUUGCAAAGAAAAAGGCGACUGGAGAUUACUUUGCAAUAAAGGUGCUGAAGAAGGCUGACAUGAUCGCCAAGAAUCAGAUCACCAACGUCAAGGCUGAGCGGAUGAUUCUGAUGAAACAGGCAGAGUCGCCUUUUGUCGCGAAGCUCUAUUUUACAUUCCAAAGCAAGGAAAAUUUGUAUUUAGUAAUGGAGUACCUCAAUGGUGGUGAUUGUGCUGCACUCAUCAAGUCUCUUGGCUGUUUGCCGGAAGAGUGGACGCGCAAUUAUGUCGCCGAGGUCGUUCUUGGUUUGGAAUAUCUGCAUCAACGUGGAAUUGUGCAUCGUGAUCUUAAGCCGGAUAAUCUACUCAUUGACCAGCAUGGACAUCUCAAACUUACAGAUUUUGGACUUAGUAGGAUUGGUCUCUUGGGCCGGCAGACGCGCGAGGGUCAACUAUCCUUUGAUCGAGGGCUGCGGACACGCUCAAGACAUAGUCCUGGAUCUAGGCCCCCGUCGAUCGACUCUGCCUACAUGUCCCCAUCUCCAAUGUUCGCAGCAGACAUCCACCUCGGAGGUUCGUACUUCACCCAGAGGACACAAUCGAUUCCUCGGAUAGGAUCGUCGCCUUAUCUGUCGCUUUCAGAUGAUAUCAGUGAGUCUAGCGGUUCGGAAUCACUGCAGGGGUCGGGACUGUAUCCCCUACGACGGACCGCUAGCAAGAGCCAGUACAAUGAUAGUCCCCUACAGUCAUUUGCUACCGAGCUGACUACUGACCUACGGUCACAUCCAACUCCUGGGGGGACUCCUCCUGGCGAACAGAAGGUAGUUGGCACGCCUGAUUACCUGGCACCAGAGACUAUCCUUGGUCUUCGUGGCGACGAUGCUGUGGUCGACUGGUGGGCGCUUGGCGUCAUCACGUAUGAGUUCUUAUACGGAAUUCCACCGUUCCACGAUGAUACGCCGGAGAAAGUGUUUGAAAACAUUCUCUCUGGGCAUGUCGAGUGGCACGAAGCGCUAAUGGAAAUCUCGCCAGAGGGCAAAGACUUCAUGCAGCGGCUCAUGACUUUGGAUCCAGCCCAGCGACUCGGUGCCAAUGGCGCUGAGGAGGUCAAAGCUCAUCCUUUCCUCGCCGGGAUCGAUUGGGACAAAGUGACCACCACUGAGGCAGCUUUCAUCCCUCAGGUGACGGAUCCCGAGUCAACUGAUUAUUUCGACCCAAGAGGCGCCGUGUUGCAACUGUUCCACGACGACGAUCAGCAGGCAUUGACAGGGCAAAUCGUUUCUGAAAGCCCUCCCGUGCGUACUACGGCCCUCGAUCCGACUUUGGCCUCCGCUCCUGCUGUUCCUGCGAACAACAACGACACGGCAAACUCUCCUGCUGACGACGAGUUCGGUACAUUCAGCUUCAAGAACUUGCCUGUUUUGAAGCAGGCGAACGAUGAGGUCAUCCGCAAGAUGAAGUCCGAUCAGAUGGUGCCUUUGGCUCAAACACUAUCUGAGCCAGCAAAUCUCCAUGCCCGCAGGAAGAGCGUUUCCGCUCGGGUCAGCGUAAAGAAGCCAGCGAAUGUCACCAUUUCCACCGAUAGUAGCAGCAAGUCUUCAUCUACGAAUCCGCCCUCGCCCGCAACGUCGACAUCGUCGAUUUCGUCGUCAAUGUCUCGUGGUCCUCCUACCCCUGGUAGUGCUAGCGGCCACGCCCGAAAGCCGUCGGAUUUCGCUGCUGUUGAGCGAUUCAAGCACCAUUUAGAGGGCGACGUUGUGCGUCGGAACUCAAUGCCGAGCCGUCUGCGGACGGCCUCCCUAUCGACUAACGGAGAGUGUCCUGCGUCGGACCCGUGGCUGCCUGCUAGCCAGUUGAUGACCAACUUCGAGAUAAACACGCCAUCUUCGAUCUCGUCUAUUGACCUGAAGCGGGCACCCGAUCCUGCUGAUCGCGCGGUAACGUGCCUGUUGGCCGAAGAUAAUCCCAUCACGGCCAAGAUUAUUGAGACGCUGCUUAUUCGCCUUGGAUGUCGAUGCGUCGUCGUCGCGGAUGGCUCUGAGGCUAUCAGUGUCGCGAUGGGCGAUAUCAAAUUUGAUUGCAUUUUGAUGGACCUUCACAUGCCUAUACUCGACGGUGAGGGUGCUGCUCGGUAUAUCAGGAACUCUGGCAACAAGAACUCGAACACUCCCAUUCUUGCUGUCAGCGCCUAUAGCGCGUCAGACGCAGUUGAUGGCAGCAACAGCUUGUUCGCGGCCCACAUCUCGAAACCUGUCCAAAAGGCAGAUCUGUUGGCUGCUAUGCGGCAGCUUGGUUUCAAAACAUCCACCGUUCAAGGACAUGGACGUGGGCAAACCGCAAAACUGACUGCUGCACGAUAA